UGGAGACGGAGGCGCGCGCUGCGUCUACAUGCAACAAGAGGUGUGUGGAGAAUCAGCACAGGUUUACAAUGAUAUAAAGACUUAGUCCCAUUUGCUUUUCCCCCCCCCCUCCCUAUUCUUUUUCAACGUUUUUAAGAAUAUCGGCGGUUUGGGGAAAUAUAUUUUUUUACUCAAGCAAUGCGCUGGGAUUGAUUGUUGUUUUGCUCCAAGUGUGUCGUAGUCUCGGAGCUGCCGACAUAACUCAUGAAAGUCUCUUCGAAGCGACGCUUUUAUGGACUCGUGCGUUCUGGUUAAUGAUGUCUAUGGGGUUUACGCCUGACAGCCUGAAUGCCUCCGAUCCCGCAAAAUCGGCCUUUCUAGAAUUCGGCCACGGACAUCCGGGACUCAACCAGCACCAACACCAGCAGCAGCAACAACACCAACACCAACACCCCGCAACGGGACUCUCUCACAUCUAUCCCGUCCAUGGGUUGCACGCGAGCGGGCACUCUCAGCACGAGAGCUCCUUCGCUCACAGCGCGUCCUCGUACGGGCGCUCUCUGGGCUACUCGUACCCAGGCGCGGGGAACGCUCACCCCCCGUCCGCGUACGGGCCGUACCAGCACAGUAACCCAAGCAACAGUAACGUCCACCUGGCUCACUCGAGGUCGUCAGAGGAGACGGAUCGCGAGAAGUCGACUGUGAUUGAAAACGGGGAGAUACGCCUGAAUGGCAAAGGCAAGAAGAUCCGCAAACCCCGCACCAUCUACUCCAGCCUGCAGCUGCAGGCGCUCCACCAGCGCUUCCAGCAGACCCAGUACCUUGCGCUGCCGGAGCGCGCUGACCUGGCGGCCAAACUGGGGCUGACGCAGACGCAGGUAAAGAUCUGGUUCCAGAACAAGCGCUCCAAGUACAAGAAGAUCAUGAAGCACGGCGGUGUGGCGGAAGGGGAGCAUCUCCACAGCACCUCGUCGGUUUCCCCGGCCUGCUCCCCCGUGCUCCCCCAGCUCUGGGAGGUGUCCAUGGCCAACAAAGGGACGCCCAUGCAUCCCACCAAUUACAUGAACAACUUUGGUCACUGGUACCCAAACCACCACCACCACCGACCCCACCCGCACCACCACCCCCACCCCCACCAGCAGGAGCCCCCAGGUCGGCCUCACAUGAUGUGAAAUCGAGGUUAUCUUUUUGUCGUGUAUGGCCAAGAUGCUCGAUCUAUACGCAUGGAGCGUGUUGUACUAUCAAGGACGAUUUCUCAGCUAUAGGCCUGUAUACUUUUCAAACGACUUUUGAAACAACAUUUAGUGUUUUUGUGUGUUUUUCAAUUCGAUUUGUUUCUUAUGCGUCUUUUUAUGGACUUGUCUCGGGUGUGUGAGUGCGUGUGCGUGCGCGUGCGUGUGCGUGUGUGUGUGUGUGUGUGUGUGUGUGUGUGUGUGUGUGUGUGUGUGUGUGUGUGUGUGUGUGUGUGUGUGUGAGUGUGAGUGUGUGCGUGUGUGUGUUUUGAUUGAUUUUAGAUUGAAUAGGUGAGCUAACUCGUUAUGUUAACGUGGCAACAUAUAACGUGGUUCUAGGUUCGGUUUCGUUGAAAGAUUCAAUGCGCUUCGAAUUUACAAAAGUGGGCGAAAAUGAUGAGCCGCUUCUGGAGACACCGACAUGAGCUGUUUGAUGGUAUUGGCGUCACAGACUUCAAUUUUAAUAUGCAAAUACUAAAGAACAAUGUAAAUUAACAGCUGGAAUAAAAAAUAUGCUUUGAUUGGCAAUAAUUGUUUUAAGUGAUCGUUAUUUUAAGAAUCACUUUGUUUUUCUAAUGCGUCAUCCUUAUUAUUAGUCUUAGUAUUAUUGCGUAAUAUUAUCAUUCUAUUUAAUUAGGAUUUGUUGUUUUUUAUGCAGGGUUUUUUAUUUAUUCGGGGCUAUACUAUUAUUAUAGUAAGGCUACUAGUAGGCCUACUUACACUUUUCGAAGUGUCCAUUGCAUCUUCAGCCCACAAAAAUAUAGCCUUAUCAAAUAUGAAAUGUAAUCUAUUCAAAUGUAAUUAAUAAAAUCAGACUAAAUAUUAGGCCAAACAUAUUCACGGGUAAAUUAUGCCUAUAGGCUACGUUAAAAAUCAGCCUAGGCUUUGUGCACAUAAUUUGAACAAUUAAAACGUCACAACAUGUUAGUGUAUCCAGCAGGUUGACUGACUUUAAAUACAGCUUUGGAUAUGGGUCAUUUGUAAAGGCCUAGUCUACCCAUAAAUUGUAUGUCAACGCAGCCUGGCAACUGAACUGGUAUUCUGUGUAUCACACCGUGGCUCGACAGGCAGGUGGUGGUAAAAGAUCCAUGCAAUAACAACAUACGUAAGGCGUUGACGUAUAGAGGAUCACGUUACACCGUAAAAAGAGUUAGGGCUUUUACACAUCCCCAAAAUCCAACGUAGUUUAAUGUUAUACAAGGUUUAAUGUUCACAGAAAUGUUAAAGUUAAAAUAAAUACAGAAAAAAAAGAAAGAAAGAGAAAGAUAAGAACACCCAAAAAAUACGAAGCAAAGUAAAUGGCUCUUUUACUUUGAGGGAAUGGUUACAGUCUCUCUCGUGUUUUAGGACGACCGGCCUCAAUGUAUAUGUUUAAAUAGCAAGUUGAUUGAUUGCGAUUUUUCUUCUAAUCUAAAGGCGAUGAGCUCAUUGCGUGAAUGUGGGAACAAGUAUAUUUUAAUGAAAUGCUGAGGCAAAUCGCUGUAUCGUUGACCGAACGUUAACGGUGAAAAAUAGUUUUUUGUACUGAUUUCCACAUGUUUGGCCUUAAACUGUUUAAACAUUAAGAGCAGACUAUUUAUAAACGAUGGGCCUACUGUAAACA